UUAUCUCCACGGCCACACGGGGUCGCUCGCAUGGCACGAUGUGUAGCAUUGUUGAUGCUGUGUGGGAGGAGAGGAGGUUUACUGGGAAACAGAAACAGAAAGAGAACUGCAGCAGAACCCACCUGCACCGAGACUGGUUUCAUUCACCGCACACAGACACAGAGGGAAGUCAUGGCCGUCCACCAGCAGCCGACCCAGGUGGUGACAGUGAUGACCACUGCCCAAAGCCCUGGCUCAUGGAGCACUGACCUCUGCGACUGCUUCACUGACAUGGGCACCUGUUGCUGCGGCUUUUGGUGCUUCCCAUGCAUGCAGUGUCAGACAGCCGCUGACUACGGGUGGUGCUGCUGCAUGCCGCUCCUGGACGCCUGCUGCGUGGUGUCCUGCAUCCUCCGCUCCUCCAUUAGAGAGCGCCACAACAUCCCCGGCUCGUGCUGCGAUGACUGCUGCAAGCUAUUCUGGUGUUACGAGUGCGUCUGGUGCCAGAUGAAUCGUGAGCUGAAGAUCAGGCGUCAACAGGGGGCGAUCACCUCAGUGGUCACCACACAGGUCAUCAGUGGAUAGGCCAUGACUGUUGAGGUCAUAAGACAUGUUUGCCAUAGAGCUUAAUAGUUAUUUUCUUAAUGUUCCUAUGCCUAUACAAAGCUGUAUACUUAAGCACAGCAACGUCUCAUGUACACCAACUUUUAGCAGUUAGCACUGAGCAUCAUAAACUUACAUUUUAUAGUAGGGAUGUGACUUUUGUAAUAGAUUUUUUUAUAGACUCAAUGUUGCUGUUAAAAGCCUGUUAAAGUUUUGUGUUGAAUGUUAUCAUGUUAACACAUUGGAUGUUUGGGUACUGAAUGAUGUCAGCUCAGGUUCUUGUCUGACCUUUGAGUUCUUCUGGCCAAUAAAAUAUUGCUGUUUCAGUUAACAAGCUCCAUCUUUCAACAUAUUGACUACUACACAAUCACAUUGUUCUGUCAACCAGCUACAACUCUCCAGUUGUUCAUUUAUAAGAAGUCUUGUUCACAAAUGUUUUACUGUUUCUCACUUCCCUUUUCCUUACCUGUUGAAAGUUGGUAAAAAUGUCGAAAGGUUAUUGAGUCAUGUGUUUGAGCCCAAAUCUUUUAUUACUUGUGCAACACAUGCAGGGUCUAUAUGUCCGCAUAAAAUCAUGACUAACAGGUUCAGUUUGCACUGCAUGUUUGAGAUUUAAAUAUCUUAACAGAUCGUGGAUGGGUUGCCAUGACAUUUACACACAUUCAUUGUUUCAUGGGUGGUGAUGUUUAUGGGAUCAUCCCUGAGUUAGUUUUUAAUGUUUGAAACACAAAGGAGAGUUCCAGCUGUGACUGAGGAAGGGAAAUAAAGGGAAAGGGGAAUAUUUGUAUUUCUCUGAGGACACUGUG